AAUCGGCGCUCUGACAGACAGAAGUGAUGUUAAAAAGACGGAAGUGGCGCUUGGUGCACGAAAGUCAUCCAACUUGACUGCGCUCAGGAAGCUGGAUUUGUUAUAAUAAUAUUUCAAGUUAAUCCAUUUACUACCAUCAUAAACGUCUGUAGUUGGUGUUUAAUCGACAGUAUAUGCGGUCGAGUGGGUGUUUUGUUUUUGGCGAGGAGCUUUUAUUUUGACAGACGCAGCGGAUACGGGCUUCCAGGCGUGCGCUAACUUGAGCUGGCCUCCCGUUGCAAAGCUGUCGACAGCAAAGGCGACGGCGCAACUGCUGCUGCCCGCAAGAAGCUUUCAUCGUCGCUCGGACGACUUGGAACAAGAUGCUGUCCUACAUCAUCGGGGUGAUCCGGAGCGGCUUUGAUGGCCUGCUCAAGCUCCUCUUCCGGCUCCUUUUCCCCCGGAGGAGGCCCGCCAUCACCCUGGAGGACCCCAGCGUCAAGUAUGCCCUGCGGCUCGUCGACAAGGAGAUCGUGAGUCACGACACGCGGAGGUUCCGUUUCGCUCUGCCGUCCGCCGAACACGUCCUGGGUCUCCCCGUAGGGCAGCACAUUUACCUGUCGGCCAAAAUCGACGGCAAGCUGGUGGUGCGCCCGUACACGCCCACGUCCAGCGACGACGACAAGGGCUACGUGGACCUGGUCAUCAAGGUUUACUUCAAAGACGUGCAUCCCAAAUUCCCGGAAGGCGGCAAGAUGAGUCAGUACCUGGAGAGCCUGCGCGUCGACGACACCGUCGACUUCAGGGGGCCCAGCGGGCUCCUCGUCUACCGGGGCAAAGGCGUUUUUGCCGUUCAGCCCGACAAGAAGUCUCCGGCCGAGACCAGGACGGCCAAACACGUGGGCAUGAUCGCGGGCGGGACGGGCGUCACGCCCAUGCUGCAGAUCAUCACGGCCGUCGUGAAGGACCCGCAGGACCCGACCGUGUGCCACCUGCUUUUCGCCAACCAGACGGAGAAGGACAUCCUGCUGAGGCCCGAGCUGGAGGAGAUUCAAGUGAACAACCCCGAGCGCUUCAAGCUGUGGUUCACUGUGGACAGAGCGCCUGCCGGCUGGGAGUACAGCGAGGGCUUCAUCAGCGAGGCGAUGGUGCGCGAGCAUCUCCCGCCGCCGUCCGCCGACACCCUGGUGCUGAUGUGCGGCCCGCCGCCCAUGAUCCAGUUCGCCUGCAACCCCAACCUGGACAAGGCGGGCCACGCCGCCGAGCGCAGGUUCGCCUUCUAGAGGCCGAGCCGUACGCAGCGCGUACGUGCGACGCGCCGGAAGUUAUGUACGGUGUCACGCGGCUUCAGCGCUCACUACAAUUUUGGUGCCUUACAAUUUAUGAUUUUUUUUUGUGCAUUAUGCAGAUUGAUGUGAAUAUGUUUAUGCUCCUCGUGCGGAUGCAAUGUCAUUUUCCCCAUUUCUGCCACUUUUCCAGUUUCUGUUCAUAAUCAAUUAUUUAACGGACGCGUUGAUGAUCACGCUUGCCAGCACUUUAAUGGAGGCUCCAGAAAAAUGGAAGACACGAUGAGCGACAUUUGGUCCAAUUGUUCAUUGCCAAACAAAGAUGAAACAUUUUUUGGGGGGAAUAUAUUAUGCAGCACAUGUUUGAUGAAAUAAAAGUUGUCCAAAGACAA